AUGGCGAAGUUGUUCAUCAAACAAGCUGGUCUCUAUGCAGAGGCUCGGCCGAGCUACCCUCCAGAACUGUUUCUGUUCAUUGCCUCAAAUACACCAAACCAUGGCCUGGCCUGGGAUGUGGGAACGGGGAAUGGUCAGGCUGCAGUAUCACUUGCAGGGAUAUACAGGAAUGUGGUGGCAACAGACACUAGCCCCACUCAGUUGGCUUUGGCACACAGGUUGCCCAACAUAAGGUAUCAGCUCACUCCGCCCUCAAUGAGCCUAGAUGAGCUCACCCAGUUGGUGGCCCCUCAGUCAAGUGUUGACCUGGUGACUGCAGCCCAGGCCAUACACUGGUUCGACCUACCAACCUUCUACAAGCAAGUGAAACACGUCCUUAGAAGACCUGGUGGAGUACUGGCCGUCUGGUGCUACACCAAAUCUUAUGUUGAUGAUGCUGUCGAUGCCGUUUUCCACCGCGUUUUUGAGAGGUCCAUACAUUUCUCGCCGCCGGAGUGCAAGCUCAUCAGUGAUCACUACAUAAAUCUGGAUUUUCCGUUCGACCCCAUCGACGGCGAGGAGCACACCGGCCCGUUUACAUUCGAGUCCGUAGUCCUCAUGGAUUUAGACAUGUAUUUGACGUAUAUAAGAUCAUGGUCCGUCUACCAAAAUGCGUACCAGAAAGGGGUCGAUCUCUUGAAUAAGCAGGUUGUGAGGGAUUUUGAGAAUGCAUGGGGAGUGAAUGAGAUCAAACCGGUUAGGUUUCCUCUUCACCUGCGGAUUGGUAGAGUUGGGGGCAAGAACUUCUAAGAAUCUAGGAUCUGUGCUUCAAAUUAACAAAUUUUCCUUUCUUUUUUCUUUAUCUUUACUUGUAUUUAAGCUAAGCUCAUAGUUGGUAAUCAAAUUUCGGUGUAAUAGUUCCAGAUCUCUGUUCAAUUACAAUGUGAAAAAGCUCUACUGUACUC